CUCCUACAACCUUUCUGUUGUUCAGUCAGAAGAAUGCAAUUAAUCGCAUGGUGAUAGAUGAGCAGCAGAGUCCAGAUAUCAUACUCCCUAUCCAUAGUCUCAGGAAUGUUCGAGCCAUUGAUUAUGACCCUCUGGAUAAGCAGCUGUACUGGAUUGAUUCUCGACAGAACAUCAUCCGGAAGGCACAGGAAGAUGGCAGCCAGAGCCUCACUGUUGUGACAAGUCCAGUUCCCAAUCAGAACCUAGAUAUGCAGCCUUAUGACCUGAGCAUUGACAUCUACAGCCGCUAUAUUUACUGGACCUGCGAAGCUACUAAUGUGAUCAAUGUGACACGCCUGGAUGGGAGACCCAUGGGAGUGGUGCUCAAAGGAGAUCAAGAUAGGCCCAGGGCCAUUGUGGUGAAUCCAGAGAAAGGAUACAUGUAUUUCACCAACCUACAGGAAAGAUCUCCUAAAAUUGAGAGAGCAGCAUUGGAUGGAACUGAACGAGAAGUCCUUUUUUUCAGUGGUUUGAGCAAGCCCAUAGCCUUAGCUAUUGACAGCCAGCUAGGCAAGUUGUUCUGGGCUGAUUCAGACCUGCGGAGAAUUGAAAGCAGUGACCUUUCAGGUGCUAACCGGAUUGUUUUGGAAGACUCUAAUAUCUUGCAGCCCGUGGGACUAACUGUAUUUGAAAACUGGCUGUAUUGGAUUGACAGGCAACAGCAGAUGAUUGAAAAGAUUGAUAUGACUGGUCGAGAAGGACGUACAAAGGUCCAAGCUCGUAUUGCACAACUCAGUGACAUCCAUGCUGUGAAAGAGCUCAACAUUCAGGAAUACAGACAACAUCCUUGUUCUCAAGAUAACGGUGGCUGCUCGCACAUUUGCAUCGUAAAGGGUGAUGGCACCACACGCUGCUCUUGCCCAGUCCACCUUGUUCUGCUGCAGGAUGAGCUGUCCUGCGGAGAACCACCAACAUGCUCCCCUCAGCAGUUCACCUGUUUCACAGGUGAGAUUGACUGCAUCCCAGUGGCCUGGCGCUGUGAUGGUUUCACUGAAUGUGAGGACCACAGUGACGAAAAGAACUGCCCGGUGUGCUCAGACACCCAGUUCCAGUGUGAAAGUGGACAGUGCAUAGACAGUGCCCUCCGGUGCAAUGGAGAAGCGAAUUGCCAGGACAACUCAGAUGAGAAGAACUGUGAAGUGCUUUGUUUAACCGAUCAGUUCCGCUGUGCCAGUGGGCAGUGCAUUGGGAAAAGCAAAAAAUGUGAUCACAACCUGGACUGCAGUGACAGCUCAGAUGAGCAAGGAUGCUACACAACGGAAGAGCCUGCACCACAGCCCAACAACACAAUAGGCUCCAUCAUUGGUGUGAUCCUUACAGUUUUUGUGGUUGGAGCAAUGUACUUCAUCUGCCAGAGGGUGCUGUGCCCACGCAUGAAGGGAGAUGGGGAAACAAUGACCAAUGAUUACGUGGUGCAUGGACCAGCCUCUGUACCUCUUGGUUAUGUGCCUCACCCAAGCUCUUUGUCGGGGUCCCUUCCUGGGAUGUCUCGAGGUAAAUCUGUGAUCAGCUCCCUUAGCAUUAUGGGAGGGAGCAGCGGGCCACCCUAUGACAGGGCCCAUGUCACUGGAGCCUCUUCUAGUAGUUCUUCAAGUACCAAAGGCACUUACUUUCCUCCAAUUUUGAACCCACCACCAUCACCGGCUACUGAACGUUCACAUUAUACCAUGGAAUUUGGUUAUUCUUCAAACAGCCCAUCUACUCACAGAUCCUACAGCUACAGGCCUUACAGCUACCGGCAUUUUGCACCUCCUACAACGCCCUGCAGCACAGAUGUCUGUGACAGUGACUAUGCCCCCAGCCGAAGGGUCACAGCAGCGACGGCCAAGGGCUAUACCAGUGACUUGAACUAUGAUUCAGAGCCCGUCCCCCCACCACCCACUCCACGCAGCCAGUACCUGUCGGCGGAGGAGAACUACGAAAGCUGCCCGCCUUCACCGUACACGGAGCGGAGCUACUCUCAUCAUCUCUACCCGCCACCACCGUCCCCCUGCACGGACUCCUCAUGAGGGGUAGCCCCCCCGCCCCGUUAUCUGCCUCCGCCGUGAAAGUGUAAAUACAAAAUGUUCUACUGGGGAGGGGGGAGGGAGCUCUCGGCGAAGGAUGAGGUAAGACAGUGUACAGUUAAAUGUUAUUAAAUGGGGUGGAGGAAUACUGAAGAUAUUUGUACAGAAUAAAAAAAAAAGGAUAUUUAUAUAUUUUCUUAAACAGCAACUGCUGCUUGUGCCAUAAGAAGAAAAAUUUUUGUAUAAAAGAACCCAGACAUUUGUACAAAAAGUUUUUAUUUUUGCAAAUGUAACACAAAAACAUGCCUUAAUCCAGUGAAGUGACUGAGCACAUAAGGAAAUGGAAGGUCUGGGAUGUGUUACUUGUCCAGCAAGGAGAGAUAUGGGGUUUGUCAAUACCAAAAAUGUUUAAAGUCAUUAAUAAUAAAGAAUUCCGUCUUAGAGCAGCAUACCAUAGAUACUUGGAAGUAGCCAAAUAACCUCUAUGUUAACUACGGAGGGCCAGCAACUAAAGUUAAACUUGAAAAUGCAGUCAGGACAGAUAUUAACCUUACACAAAGGGCUUUGUUUUCUACAGGAGUACAGCAAUCGUAGCAGUGAAUCCAGAAAAAGAAUCACACACUUUUUAAAAUGAAUACACCUCUGUUUUUCCUUAAUGCAUUUACCAAACUAGAGCAUUUAUAGCUCUCUCCUCGCUUCUGGAAUUUCAAUGAUUUUUGUUUGGUACAUUUUAAAGUUUGCUUUUUUUUCUCCUGUUUAGCUUUUCCCAUCUCUUCUGCAUCCUUUCUUUCUGCCCAUGUCACUUUAAAUCAUGAUAUCUUUAUCUAAAGUACUGCUAGAACUGGGCUGCUGUAAAUCUUUUUUUCC